AUGGUACAAACAGCUCUCAAGGCCGUUCAUAUCUCUGAUGUUCCAAACCUCGAUCAAGUAACAGAAAAUGAUGCCGCAUUGGCUGUACAUUCUCUGUGGUUGUCUCAAGGUGUGAAAGAUGAGGGUGAAGAAACGAAAUGGGGACACAAAUGGCUAAAGUUCGUGGUGAUGGGACACAGAGGCAGCAGGGUGAACUUGUUGUGUGGUUGUGGAUUAAGAGUUAAGCUAGCUAGUUUCAGUGUAACGCUUGCUAAAAAAUAUGUGAUUAAUUGGUUGACUUACAUUCAUUGUUAUUUUCCCGCCUUGCACACAGCAAAAUCCAACAACUCUGGCGACGGCAAUGCCGUCGGAAACACCAGCAACCCUGCCAAUGCCACCGGCAGUACUGGAAACAACACUGCACAGAGUACCCAUCGGCGAGUUGUUCGUGUGCAGGAUCAAUACAUGCCGACAGCCAACGUGGUACGCAUAAUGCGUCGCGUGCUCCCUCCGCAUGCAAAAAUAACAGAAGCCGCAAAGGAGACCGUGCAGGAAUGUGUGUCUGAGUACAUCGCCUUCAUAACUGCUGAAGCCAACCAGCGUAGCCAGCGCGAGCAGCGCAAGACCGUCUCUGCCGAGGACAUCAUCUGGGCCAUGAGCAAGCUUGGCUUCGAGAACUACGCCGACCCCCUCAACGUUUUCCUCCAUCGCUACCGGGAGUCUGAGAAUUCAGACCGCUCUCAGUUUAUGAUCAGGGAGCAUCCGCUAAUGGACUAUGGCCCUGCUGUGCCUUCUGGACCUGCUGGACCCCAGGUUGCGAUGAUGCCUCCCCCACUGCUACCGCCUUUUGUGCAGGAGUUUCCUCUAGGUUUCGACCAGCAUGGCCCUCCGAUGCUUGACCCUUCGAUGAUUGAGAUGUUUUUGGAUGGUGGUUCCUCCACUGGUGCUGGUGAAGGCGGGUCAUCGUCGUCUUUUGGGGCUGAGGACCAGAACUGGCUGGGGGGAUUUGAUCCGUCGGCUCAGUCUAAGUGA